AUGGUCUUCAAUCAUAUCCUACGGAGACCCGUGAGAACCACAAUCAUCACCGUCCUGGUCAUCCUCGUCGUUCUGUUCCUCAGCACUGGCGGCACACACAAACUCCAGCCUGCGUUGUUCGACAUCACUCCCGGCAGACGACUAUCAUCUCAGAAUGCUGCAGCAGUCUGCAGAAAACAUGGCUUCAGCCCUUACCGCCCACCUGGGCGUAAAGUCUACGACCUCUUUCCCUUCAACGUAGAGCUAGAUUGGCUGGACAUCCGUCUCAACACUCUCGCCUCUUACGUGGACUACUUCGUUAUAGUGGAAGGCCGAAACACCUUCACCAACCUGCCUAAGCCGGCCUAUCUGGAACGGAACUGGGAGAACUUCACAACCUUCCACCCGCAGAUGCUGCAUUACGUUGUCGAGGACCCGAUAGAUAGCACCCGCACAUGGGAUCACGAGGACUUCUUCCGCGACGCCUUACUCUACAAGACCUUCCCGCACUUCCGAGGAAGCGCGAAGCAAGCGAACGAUGGCGACGUGAUCAUCCUAUCUGAUAUUGACGAGAUCCCGAAGCCAGAGACUGUCGAGCUGCUACGGCACUGCGACUUUCCUGCCCGGCUCACGCUGAGAAGUCACUUCUACUAUUACUCCUUCCAGUGGCUACAUCAUGGCGAGCAAUGGGCGCAUCCCCAAGCCACCAUCUUCCGUGGAUUGAAGAACACCAUAUCACCGGUUCAUUUGCGUAAUGGAGAAGGCGGUCCGUCCUGGAGCUUGCUGCCCUUCAUGCGGCCUCUACAGCGCUGGUGGCAGAAGUCCGAUCUUUGGAGCUCGACGUGGCACUGCUCCUCCUGCUUUGCAACCAUCAAAGAGAUGCGGACGAAGAUGGAGAGCUUCUCUCACACGCCUUGGAACACGGAGGAGAACCGGGAUGCCAAGACCAUGGUUGAGCGGGUCCGGAAUGGUGUCGACCUGUUUGGCAGGGAGACAGAGGUCUACGACAAGGUGGAUAACAACCCUGACGUUCCAUCGUAUAUCCUCACCAAGCAGGAGGAGUACGGCUAUCUCCUUGAUCGAGACGGACAGGAUGCGGCUUUCAAGGAUUACGACCUGUUUUUCUAG